AUGGAGAAGGACGAGGAAUACAAAGAAGAAAAGAACAUUGAUUGGUUAGACUCAGAUAUCGAAACUCAGUUGUAUAUAGUGGAUGACGUGAUGAAAAACUAUGAGCUGGUUGGGGAUAAUGAUAGCGAUAAUAUACUGAUAAUGAACAAUGAAUGUCUGAUAAUGGUCAG